ACCUUCAAGAGCAUCAGAAGAGCAGCAAACAAACAAGCAGCACGCCCAUAGUCUUUGGACCUUCGAGGGCUACCGAGAGUUUUGAAGAGGAAGAAUCCCACCCGGGCUCAGCGCUACUUUCAUGGCUACGGCGAGCACCUCAGGGCUUGGCAAGAAGAAGAAGAACCCUGGACUCAUGGAUUCUUUUAGCAAGAUCUUUGGAGGGGACAAAAAGAAAAGAAGCAAGGGGUCAUUCCGGGGUCACCUGGCCGCAUCACCCCAGCAGUCCUCUGCCCGCCGCAAGACCAAUGAAAAUGCUGUGGUCCAGUUCUUCCGCAACAUUGUUUCCUCACCUCGUCCUAAAUCAAAGGUUUCGUCACCACGUGCAGAGAGCACAAAGUCGCCCGUCAGACGACGCAGGGAGCAAAGCACGCUGUCCAGACUCUUCAACCUGGGUGAAACCAAGUCCCGUCCACCCCCCAAACGCUGGAGCACCAUCUUCUGAGCUCUCCCCUAAGGUCCAAAGCAAAAAGUCAAAGCAGAUGGGACAAGAUGAUGGGGGAUCAACACACGGGGACGUGGCAGAUUCACAACUCCAAAAAAAUUAACACACUAACAUUGGAUUUCUGUGUCCACUCUCCACAGAUGGAGACGGUCUCAUCCAAGUCCUUAUUUAGCUGUCCAAGUGUUUAAAAAGUCCAGUCAAGCUUUGAGUUUGUAUCUCACUGUAAAAAUAUCCUAGUCAGAUGGUGCUAAUUUUGGUAAAUGUUUUUCUAUUUCUGUCUUGUCUGGCUUUUUUUUUUUUUUUUUUGUACGAGUGAUGCGUUGUGUGCCUCACAGCUUUCUACAAAAUGGUCAAAAUAUUUUUCAACACCUCAAUGAUUAAUCGUGUACAGAUUAAUUGAUCGAGUGGACAUGCCCUUUUAAAUUGCACUGACUAAUCACAAAUCAUUUGGUGGUAUGCAUACUAUUUAUUACAUUGGAGGACGUAACGUUUUGUGUGGUUUGCGUCAAAAAAAAAAAGAAAGGUUUGUCGAUCCGAUGGUCCGUUUGCAAGUGGCUCAAAGGUUUUAGGUGGAAUGAAACAACAUGUUUGAGUUUAGUGAUCAGGAAGUCAUGUGUUUAGUCUUUCUUGUGAAUAUUAUCAUUUUGAGAUGUUUGAUGUGCUAACGGGUCACAGUUAGAAAUUAACACUUUCAUUCAUAAACUAAAAUAAAAUAUAAACACAACUUUA